UCGCAUCUUCUUUUCGACGGUCGGCUGCUCUGGGCUGCUUAUUUACCACAAGUUUGCUGGAGUCUGGUCUGAGUUAACAUUGACGAGACGCGGUCACGUUGAGUUUGUGUGACGGCUUCAGCCUCGACUGAUACUUCACCCCGGGCUCUUUCAAAGGGCUCUCUCAGUGAGAGGGUGGAGCUCCAGCAUGCAGAGUUUGUUGGUACAGGCGCUUGCCCUGAGGCAGCUGGGAAGGUUGAACCCUCGCCAGCUGUUGACUCCUGGAUACGGACUGAGGCGGACUGAAUGGUGCCCCAGGACCAUACACACACGGCAGCUGUGGGGCUGCUCCACUUUCCCCACACUGGGCUCUCACAGGCCAGUUUUCCGGGGCAGAGACGCUGUCAGGAGUUGGUCGGUCCACCAGCUGAGGUUCAAAAGCAGCAGGAAGAAAGGUGCUGCUAAGGCAACUCAGGAGGAGGAGGAGGAAGAUGAAGAUGAACGAGACCCUGAGGAUAGUGACUAUGAGGAUGAAGUUGAUGAGGACCCAAAUCUACCAAAGGACUACAAAGACUUUGAGAAAUUUGUGCAGUCCUUCCGCUAUGAUGUGGUCAUGAAAGCGGGCCUCGACAUGGCACGCAAUAAAAUAGAAGAUGCCUUCUACAGCAGCAAGCUCCGGCUAAAUGGACAGAGACUCACCAAGAAAAGUAAAACGGUGAAAGUUGGGGACACGUUAGACCUGGUACUAUCUGAGAACCAGGAAACAAACACCGUCACUCUAAUGAGGGUCAUCCUGAGGAAAGUGUUAGGUGAAUCCAAUGACGCAGAGAAGUACAAAGUUGCUCUGAGGCGCUGGAAGAGAGUAGAACUCUCCAAGGAGGAAGCCUUCAAGCCAUGAAUAUACACAGGACAACAAUGGCAAUGCUACUGUCCAGAGAGGGCCGCAAAACACACUCAGAAGUGAAUUACAUCAAACACACAGCACACAGCUUGGGUCUGUUAAUUUCACUGGACAAAGUUAUGAGGGUUACAAUAAAAUGAAUAAGUUAUUAUGGACAUUCACCAUUUGGUGUUGGUAAGGAUUCUCAGUGUUUGUUUUCCCCUCUGCCCCAGUAAAGCUGCACUGAGGAUUUCAAAUGAAAACCAUCUCCUGAUGACUUGGAUAAUGGAGGUACAUAUACUGUAUUUUGUUGGAGAAACAUGAAUUUUCAUCCUAAGCAUGAACAUUUUUUUGUGUUGGGCCUUCCCUCUAGUUUUUAUUAGCACUGUACUAGUUAAUAAAGCAGAAAUAACAUAAAAUGCCUGUCAUUUAAUGUUUUGAAAAACCAAAAAGUGUCUGUUGUUUAAAAAUUAUUUCUUUUCACUCAUUCAAGCUUUAUGUAAAAAAAAAAAAAAAAACAUGGGCAUCCACAUUAUUGAAGUCUACAUUUCAUCAUAAGUGUUACAUUGUUU